UGCAUCGGGGGGCUCACCACCGCGAGAGAAACGAGAACUGCUGCUGCUGCUGCUGCUGCUGCUGCUGCUGCUGCUGCUGCCGUUGCCGUUGCCGUUGCCGUUGCCGUUGCCGUUGCCGUUGCCGUUGCCGUUGCCGUUGCCGUUGCCGUUGCCGUUGCCGUUGCCGUUGCCGUUGCCGUUGCUGCUGUUGCUCUCUGUACAUGCUCUUCGCGGGGAAAGCAUUCCAUUCAUGUUUCGGUACUCGGGGCUUCGAAGCACCAGUUUGCGACCGCCCCUCGAACGACAAACACCAAAGAGUGCAAAAAGGAAGGAGGACUCGCUUUCGAGUCUCUCGAAAUAUUCUUUAAUUUAAUUUUAAUUUUUUUUUCUAUUUAAACCUGUCAAAAAGCCUCGAAGAAACGGUUUCUAUAUUUUCUCUCGAUAUUUUGAGGUUAUUACUGCGAUAUUUAUGCUAAAAUAUUCAUAACAAUUGAAUUGUUGAAAAUAUUAUUGUUUACGAAAACGCGAAAAUGCUUCUUGCCCCUCUGAUUCAACUUCCGGUUCGUUUGGCUCAACUAAAAAAUCCGAGUGUCUGACUUGCAGCUUUAAAAUUUAAAAAACUCUCCGGUGCGUCUGCGAGUGCUGCUUUUUGUUGGCUUUUUUACGCGAUAGUGCAUUGGGAAAAAAUGUUUCGACCUCAUGUGAGAUAGUGAGGGUAAACGGGGCUGGGGGAGGCGGAGGAGCAGCGAGUCAAGUCGUGUGAUGUACUCUCUUCAUGUCUGACGAACACUGGGGCUCCCCCCGUUGACGCGCACCACUUCGGGACACCCGCUCGUAUUUUAAUAUCAAUAUAGAUAUACUCACGUGGUCUUGCGAGGCAGCACUUCCGGUCGGUGGCAGAAAGUCGUCAGAGGCCGCAAUACCUUAUCGUGAAGCCUCCACGAUGUCGUGAUGGCCGAAAAACGUCCACUUCCGGUGCCGGAGGUUGUGCCCGAAGCUCGUAGUAGCAGCCCCGAAAGCAAAAGGACGAAGAAGCAGGGGGAAGCUGAGGAGGAAAGCUCGUCGGGGGAGAGGAGUUUAGAGAGCUCGGAAAAAUUGGCAGGUGCUGAAAGCUCGCGGAGGGAAGGUCGAGCCGAGAGUAAGGACGAGGAUGAACCGUCACUGGGCUCGGGGAGCCGCGGAGCCGGUGAGCCUGCCGAACAAGACUUGGAAACGCGGACCAGAGAUUUGAGCCGGUUCGUAAUGGGACAGAGCGGGGAAAGCUCCAGGACCCAGUCCGGGAGCAGCUCCCACGUCGGCGAACACGCCCACUACGAGGAAAUAUCCGUCAUCGGGGACGGCGCCUACGGCACCGUCUACAAGGCCAAGGACCUCACGAGCGGCCAAGUCGUCGCGCUGAAAAAAGUCCGCGUACCCCUCACCGAGGACGGCCUGCCGACCUCGACCCUACGCGAAAUCGCGGGGCUCAAACAACUCGAGAGAUUCGAGCAUCCUCACAUCGUCCGACUUCUCGACGUCUGCCAAGGAUCUUACCUGCAAUUGCCCUCGGGAGACGGUCGCACGGAAAGGAUCGACCGAGGACUGACCCUGUGGCUCGUGUUCGAGCACGUCGAGCGCGACCUCGCUUCGUACAUCGCCUCGUGCUCGAACCGACAGAGCAUUCCGAGCGAUCUCGUUCGACAGAUGUCCAGAGAAAUUCUUCUCGGGGUCGAUUUUCUUCACAGCCACCGAAUCGUCCACCGUGACCUCAAACCGCAAAACUUACUGGUUACGAGCGAAGGCCGAAUUAAAAUCGCCGAUUUUGGACUCGCCAAAACUUAUGAUUUCGAAAUGCGCUUGACCUCGGUGGUCGUCACCCUCUGGUACCGGGCGCCCGAAGUCCUGCUGGGCUGUCCCUACGCAACGCCCGUCGAUUUGUGGUCGGUCGGCUGCAUACUGGCCGAAAUAAACAGGCUGCAGCCUCUGUUCCCUGGGACGAGCGAGGGGGACCAACUCGACAAGAUUUUCCAGUUGAUAGGGACGCCGAGCCACGACAGUUGGCCGGAAAACGUGUCGCUCAGCUGGACCGCGUUUCCUCACAGGCAGGCGAAGCCACUGAGGAGUGUAAUUCCGAGUCUGGAAGACGAGGGCUUAGAUCUCAUUCAAAAUUUGCUUACGUUCGAUCCCCACGUGCGUUUGACCGCUGCCCAGGCGCUCUUGCACCAAUAUUUCUCCGGAAUGGCCUCCUGAACCCCCCACUCGACCUCGUUUUUCGUAUUAUUAUCGUUAGCACUAGCCUUAAUCGCUGAUCAAACUUAUCCCUUCGAUCUAAUAAUCGUGUCUCAACUGUUAUUCGUCAGCCUGUAUAUUCAGGACGCUUCCAUCUUUGAUCUCUUAUUUAUUUGCACUCCAAACCUCCAUCCAUGACCGGAAAAAGUCGAACUACUAAAUCCAACUCUGAAUUCGCAGCCCCCCCAUAUGGAAACGAUUAUACAUCGGCCCAUCGAUCGACGAUCGUUUCCAUUCCACCUGGAAAAUGUAAUUUUUCACGUAUUUAUCUAAUCCUAAGUUAUUUUAAGUAUUAUUCGUCGUUUUUCCCCCUUAAUUCACUUGUACAUUUAACGAAAAGUAAUGCAAUUAUUUUUGUAAGCUAGAAAUCAUGGAAAUCCUCUAAUUUGCUCAAUUCGCUCCGGCCUCCUAGCUCCGGUACCCGAACAAGUACGCGGAUACACAUUUUUACCCUCCUUAAACCCCAACGCAACCGGAUUUUCAUGAUUUAGUAUUAAUUCUCGUAUUCUUCGUUAUUUCCGAGAAUUUUUUUCGUGUCUCUCAAGACUGGGGUCCUCGUGAUCCGCUUAGGACUGCUGGAUCGAUUUAGGAUCGUCCACGUUAAGAAAUAAGCAUAACCAGAUAUUUUCACUGCCAUGAAAUACGUAAUGUCGAAUCGCGACGAUUGCUUCGUCCGAUUUUUGUUAUAGUUCGAUUUAUUAUAGUUUAUUUUAUAUAUUUGUGUGCGUACUUUUGCCUGUACAGACGUUCUGAAUUUCGUAUUUUUUUACAUUUAAUAUCUCGUACCUCAUCGUAAAUUUAUUUAUAAAAACAAUAAUGAACAAUAGAAUUUGUAUAUGAAGAUUUAAAAUCGCAGAGAUUGAUGUUGAGACUGUAAACUAUUGAAUAAAGAUUUUUAUAGUUUUGUACACCCGAAA